CUUAGCAAGAAGACAGUUGAUGAGGUCUGGAGAGAGAUUCAGCAGAGCAAGAGAGGAGGCAGUGCCCAAGAGAGGAAAGAUAAGAGGCAGAAGCAGUCGACGACGCUCGGUGAAAUGACGCUCGAGGACUUGUUGUUGAAGGCCGGGGUGGUGACAGAAACAAUCCCUGAUCCGAACGAGGCCGGUAAUGGAGGUUCUUGUCCUACUGGUUUAGGGCAACACAUUCCUCAGCACGGCCCUUGGCUGCAAUACCAAGCGUUUAUGCCAUACCCAGUUUCAGAAAUGCAGGCAAUGAUGGGUGGGUUGUCAGAUACACAGGCACCUGGCCGGAAUAGGGUGGCAUCUGGAGAUGUUGUGGGGAAGACAGUAGAGAGGAGGCAGAAGAGAAUGAUCAAGAACAGAGAGUCUGCUGCUCGUUCACGAGCCAGGAAGCAGGCUUACACCCAUGAGCUCGAGAUCAAGGUUUUGCAGUUAGAGGAAGAGAAUAAGAGAUUAAGGAGACAAAAGGAAGUGGAGAAGGUCCUUCCGAGUGCACCACCACCACCCGAUCCAAAGCGGCAGUUGCAGCGGACGAGCUCUGCCCCUGUCGAGAUUGAUUGA